UCCUUAUCUAGACGGCAGGGGGCAGCACUGGUCCUAGAGAAGUCGGAGGAAGACGUUGGUGGCUGCUGUGAUUUUAUAACAAUGCUUUAAAUCCGUCAGUUUAACGGUCAACAGUUGUUUUACAAACCUCUCGCUGGAAAUGAUGGCCUCCAGCUACAAAGACGAGGACGGACACAUCACCGUGUCGGGAUCCGGAGCCGCGGCCGGGGCCGGGGGCGGCUCUCUGCGGAGCAAGAAGCCUGAAAACACCGCUUUCAAGCAGCAGAGACUCCCGGCCUGGCAGCCCAUCCUGACCGCAGGGACCGUCCUGCCAGCCUUCUUCAUCAUCGGCCUCAUGUUCAUCCCCAUCGGCAUCGGCCUGUACGUGACGUCCAACAACAUCAAGGAGUUCGAGGUCGAUUACACAGGAGUAGAAAUGUCCAGUCCGUGUUUUACCUGCUCCCAGAACUUCAGCUGGAACAGCACCAAGCCGUGCACCUGCUCCGUCCCCUUCCACCUGGACCAGCCGUACGAAAGCAACGUCUUCAUGUAUUACGGACUCUCCAACUUCUACCAGAACCACCGGCGCUACGUCAAGUCCCGAGACGACAGCCAGCUGAACGGAAACGAGGAGUCCCUCAGGAAACCCAGUAAGGAGUGCGAGCCGUACGCCAAGCACAACAACAAGCCCAUCGCGCCGUGCGGAGCCAUCGCCAACAGCAUGUUUAACGACUCACUGGAGCUGAUUUACAUCGACCCAAACGGCACAAAGGUCCAGAUCCCGCUGACGGCCACAGGAAUCGCCUGGUGGACGGACAAACACGUGAAGUUCAGGAAUCCUGGAGCAGAAAACACGAACCUCACCGUCGUUUUCCAAGGGACGACGCGGCCGGUGAACUGGCGCCGGCCCGUGUUCCAGCUGGACUCCGACCCGGACAACAACGGAUUCAUCAACGAGGAUUUCAUCGUGUGGAUGCGGACCGCCGCCCUGCCCACGUUCCGGAAGCUGUACCGGAUCAUCCAGAGGCGGAGCAACGUGCAUCCCACGCUGCCGCGCGGCAACUACUCCCUGGAGGUGGUGUACAAUUAUCCGGUGCGGAGCUUCGAGGGCCGGAAGCGGAUGAUCCUGAGCACCAUCUCCUGGAUGGGCGGGAAGAACCCGUUCCUGGGCAUCGCCUACGUCAGCGUGGGCUCCGUCUGCUUCCUGCUGGGCGUCCUGCUCCUCAUCAUCCACCACAAAUAUGGAAACCGCAACAACGCUGCCGAGAUCUCCCACUGAGAGCCGGGCCGGGCCGGGUCGGAGCGGUUCUGCUGCAGCGUUGAGGUUAAAAUCAGCUUUUUUAGAUUCUAACAACACGGCAGAGCGAGGCGGAACCGGACAGGGAAAGAACCCGAUAAGUUCUGGAGCGACCCACCGGGUCGCAGACUUACCGCCCCCACUGCAGGAACCAGGUCCGGCUCCCAGAACCGACCCGGUCAGGAAGUCCGGUCGGUUCCGGUCCGACUCAGAUGACCUGAUGAACUGCUGGUCUGUGGUUCAUCAACGUCCUCAGAGCUCAGCAGAACCUCUGGGUUCUGAUCCAGGAAUUUCUCCCUCAUUCAGUUUGGAGACAUUUUUAUUUUUGCUUUUAACGAGAAACUCACUUUCUUGUUUCACUGAGUUUCGGAGAUCAUUUUCAUGAGAAAGUUUUCCUGAUUAGUGAUCAACUUUCUGAGCUCCUGGAUCUGUUUCAGGAUCUAAACGCAUUUGAACGUUUCUGGGUUUCAUUCCUCCCAUCCUGCAGGGGGAGCUAAUCCCAUCCAACUGUGAAUGUUAGUGCUAGCGUUAGUACUGAAGCAGGCAUUAAUAAUAAUAAUAAUAAUAAUCUGUCUGCAGAAACACAGGAUGAUAAUUUAAAGAUAAUUUCUGCACAUUUUGGUCAUAAAUAUUUCCAGCGUUUAGAUCCAGGAAUUAUCCAGGUCCAUUCAUUAUUUCUUUACAUUUUCCUUCUGAUCUGUUUAAUUUUAAUUGUUUUUAAAGUUAAUGUAGAAGAAAAAGCAGGAAAAGAUCCAGAAGAACCUAAAACUAAAUGAUUGAUGUAGAUUUAUCAGAGAACAGCGAUCCGUCGGAGCGGUCCCGGUUCUGGUCCCGGUCCUGGUCCCGGUUCUGGUCCCAGUUCUGGUCCCGGUCCUGGUCCCGGUUCUGGUCCCGGUUCUGGUCCCGGUCCUGGUUCUGGUCCCGGUCCCGGUCCUGGUCCCGGUCCCGGUCCCGGUUCUGGUCCUGGUCCCGGUCCUGGUCCCGGUUCUGGUCCCGGUCCCGGUUCUGGUCCCGGUCCUGGUCCUGGUUCCUGCGGUGGGUCUGAGCGUUGCGGUGCUGCAUGUGUCCCGGUUCUGGUUCUGGUUAUUUGUGCUCAGACUCUGUUGUUCUUGGUCUCUGUGCUGCAUGAACUAAAUGCCUCUUUUGUUCAUUUCUGCACUGAUGACGUCUGUCUUUAAUAUUAUUGUUAAUAUUGUUGCUUUAAAUUAAUAAAUUCUUAAUUUUU